AUGCAAAACAUGUUACCAAAGAAGAUGGGUGAUCCAGGAAGCAUAACCUUACCAUGCCAAUUCGAGAAUCUAGCAACUAGUCACGCUCUAGCCGACUUGGGAGCAAGUGUUAAUUUGAUGCCCUACUCGUUCCUCAAGAAGCUCGAUCUCCCCGAACCAAAAUCGGUUUGCACGAUCAUCCAUUUAACUAACAAGACUAUGACCUUCCCAAGAGGUAUUUGUGAAGAUUUAUUAGUGAAAGUUGAGAAGUUUGUUUUUCCUGUAGAUUUCAUCGUAUUAGUUAUGGAGGAAGACGAACAAGUCCCAAUCAUCCUUGGAAGGCUCUUCUUGAGCAUUACCCGAACCUUAGUUGAAAUUAGAGAGUCCAAACUCACUCUCCGAGUUGGAGAAGAGGCAGUCACUUUUAGCAUAAAUCGAGCAAUCCAACAUUUAUGGAUAAGUGACGAUACUGCCUUUUCUGUCGAUGUGUUUGAUGAACUACAUGAAAAAGAGCUAGGAGGGUGGAAAGAAAAAGAGACCGAGGGAUUUAUGGUGCUUGAAGAAGGAGAUUUUGAUGCCGAACUUGAUAUUCAAGAAUUGGAGAAGCUAUUGGAAGAAAGUGAGUACAAUGAAGUGAAGAAAGUGUUGGAUUAG